AUGGGUGUCUCUCAAAAAUGGCUUUCAAUGGUUCUACUUGUUCUGUGUAUUGUCCUCCAUCUUAGUGCAAUCAGUCUUGGUGAUGACAAAAUUGACAAAACCAGGUACCGUGAUUAUGACCGCUAUUGUCAACGGGGACGACGGUGUCGUGGCUCUGGAUUUGGUGAUCGAGGGCCUGGUGGACGUGGAGGAGGACUAGGAGGUGGUGGUGGUUUCGGCAGCGGUGGUGGAGCUGGAGGAGGUAUUGGUGGAGGAGGGGGAUUAGGGGGUGGUGGUGGAGCAGGAGGAGGAGGAGUUGGUGGAGGUGCAGGUAGAGGAGGAGGAUUGGGAGCUGGUGGUGGAGGAGGUUUUGGAGGCGGUGGUGGAGGUGGUGUGGGUGGAGGCUCAGGUCAUGGUGGAGGUUUUGGAGCCGGUGGAGGUGUAGGUGCUGGUGCUGGUGCUGGUGGUGGUGCCGGAGGAGUUGGUGGCGGUGGAGGAGGAGGCGGAGGUGGAGGUGGUGGGGGUGGGGGUGCAGGAGGGGGAUCAGGGCGUGGAGGUGGAUUUGGUGCAGGUGGUGGCUUAGGUGGUGGAGCUGGUGGAGGCAUUGGAGGUGGAGGAGGAGCUGGAGGAGGUGGUGGUGGUGGUAUUGGUGAAGGAUCUGGUCGUGGGGGAGGAUUUGGCGCGGGAGGGGGAGUAGGAGGUGGUGCUGGCGGAGGACUUGGAAGUGGUGCAGGUGUAGGUGGUGGUCGUGGUGGUGGAAUUGGGAUCGGGAUCGGGAUUGGCAUAGGAGUCGGUACCGGGAGCGGUGCUGGAGUGGGAGCCGGUACUGGCUCUGGCAGCGGAGGUGGCCGCCAUUGA